AUGUGGACUUUUGCUAAUAUUACUCCACAACAAAUUGCCUGGGUAGCUGCAGUGUUAAUUUUAACUUUACUUUUUCACUAUUAUUUCAUUCAUCCUCUUCGCUAUUUUAAGAAGCUAAAUAUUCCCGGACCUAAACCUUAUAUUUUGAUUGGAAGUGCAUUCAGUAAAGAAUCGAAGCAAAUUAACUGCAUUAAGAAAUAUGGUAAAGUGUACGGUCUUCUAUUUGGCAGGAGGCCUGUAAUGGUUAUAUCCGAUUUGCCGAUGGUAAAAGAUAUUAUGGUUAAGCAUUUUAGUAAUUUCACGAAUCGCUUCCCUAUUAUACCACCUACUCCACCAUUUCACAAGAAUCUCCUAGCAAUCACAGAUGAUGACUGGAAACGCGUUCGGAAUGUGCUCAUACCAACGUUUAGCGCUGCUAAAUUGAAGCAAAUAGAAUCUAUUAUUAGCAGUGCAUGCGAUAGUUUAUUCGAUAAAUUAAUGAAUUUAAACAAGCAGCAAGGAAAAGCGAACAUUUGGAAAAUUUAUGGCGAAUAUAGUAUGGAAGUUAUUAUGGCAACUGCAUUUGGUGUACAUGUCACUGCAGAUGUCAGGGGCCAGGAGAUCAGACAACAAGCGGCUAGUUUUUUUAGUACUUCAAAUCUAGCGAUGGCUUUAGGUGCAAUAAUGCCUUCUCUUUAUCCGUAUAUCAAAAGGCGUCAAAGUUUACAACAAGGUCUAACAAAUCGCCGCGAUUUACUGCAGUUAUUAGUCGAAGCUGGUCAAAAUGGUAAAUUAACUGAUGAAGAAAUCAUUAGUCAGUCUUUUAUCUUUUUAUUGGCUGGUUAUGAAACAACGGCUAGUGCAUUGGCUUAUACAUCUUACCUAUUAGCUCUGAAUCCAGAUGUCCAGCAACGUCUUCUUGACGAAAUUGACGAAAAAUGCCCAAAAGGCACAACGGUCACUUCUGAAUUAGUCUCCAGUUUACCAUAUCUAGACAUGGUAUUGAGCGAGUCAUUACGUAUAUAUCCCCCAGCAUAUAUUGUAAACAGAAUUGCGAAAAAUGACAUUGUGAUCGGUGGUGUCUUGAUACCAAAAGAUGUAGUCGCUGCAAUACCAAUUUAUGGUAUCCAUCAUAACGAAAAGUUGUGGCCAGAUCCAAAAAAAUUUAUACCAGAACGAUUUACACCAGAAGAAAAAGCUAAACGUCAUCCAUUUGCUCAUCUUCCAUUUGGCAACGGUCCUAGAAAUUGUAUUGGAAUGAGAUUAGCAAUUAUGGAAGCUAAAAUGGCAUUGGUGAAGGUGUUACAAGAUAUGAUGUUCGAACCAGUACAAGAAACUGAAAUUCCCUUACGAAUUGAGCCUAAAAUAACGUUAUCUGCAUCGAAUGGGGUAACUUUAGGCAUUAAAGAGAGGUAG